AUGUUGUUCGCUUCUGGCCGACUUUGGCGCGUCAGGCGCUCUGUGGUACUGCAGUUGAUGCGGGAGAGCCGUGAUGUGUUGGACACGGCAGCUAUAAAAGGCAGCAGCCAACAGUUCAAAAAUGUUGCUGGAAACAAUGAUAACAACGAUGAAGGGGUAUUGUUGCGCCCCUACGCCGAAGGGACGUCUCGAAAAGGUCGAUUGAGGCCGCGUGAUGCGCGUGGCAAAAAGGGAGAGGAAGCCAAAAAUUCGAUGUCCCAACAGUUACACGACGGGGGUAAAGAAAGUCCAGUAUCUAUGAGUUUGCCUACCACGCUGGCAAACGGAACGGUGGUCUUCUUAUCAACAGCUGCACCCCACUCUGAAGAAGGUUCAUCCGUGGCUCGUUCUCUUGAAGCUCAUCGGUGGCUUGCUGCGGAGACGCAACGUCAUCAUAUGCAAGCGAAUGAGUCAGUUGCCUCAGGUGCCGCGCACGUGGCCCAUGAGAGGAUUGAACGUCGGCGGAAAAAAUGGUCGCUCACGGAGGUGGAGUUUGAUGUUGGUAUCACAGAGCGUUUGUUUCCCGAAAUACGCCGCUUGCCGGCGCUGCACGAGUUGCAUUACGGGGAUGCCUUGAUGCGAGAGGUGGACGCCGCGUCAUACUUUGCUGCCAAGCAGGGUGGGCACAGCAGCAGGAAGCUGGAGAAGGAUGACAAGGUGGCCGAGGUGCCACUCACGGAUGCGGACUUUUUGUCAUUUGAGGAGCAAGAUUUGCUCCGGCAGCCCGCACUCACCGCCCCUUCAUUGCCCUCCACGGUAUCACCAGCGUUGGGUGCGAGUGACGGUCCUUCUCCUGCGGAAAAGCAACAAAAACAACUGUCCCACGAAUUAUCGUCGUGUAAGCUUGCGAGUGAAGACCGAGGCGUGAUGCAUGGUACUCAAACACCAUGGUUUGUCCCAGAAGGCGGGGUAGUGCGGCUUGAACCACUCUCAUCCUCGAAUGCGCUGUGCCUCUUGCGCUUUGUACUACAUCUCCGUCAACAGACACCUCAGCAUCUCCCACUCGCUGUUCAGAAACGGAUGAAAAAGGAGGAGGCUCUGCAAGCCGCACCAUUGAAGAAUAAAAACAAGGGUGAAAAGUAUCUCUCCUUGGAGGAUGUCAUGCUAUACCUAGACACGGCUCCUCCGCCUAUUCUUGGGUUCACAGAAAAUCUCCCACCCACCAAAAGCCCAGCUUUUGUGUUUGUUCUGUAUACGGAGAACGUCUCCCUGCAGAAUGCCAUUGGACACAUGGCGGCACUUUUUAAUAUUCCGCAGCGUGCGUUUCAUACAUGUACUGCGGUAUCGAAAAUGUCAUGUGGAACUGUUCUUUGUGCGGUGAGUCCUAACCAUUUGACACUUGAGCAUUUGUUGUUACUAAACACGAUGCGUCAUCCGGGAUUUGUAUUGCGUGUUGGAUCGAUUCGUGCUGUUGAAGAUGAGACGGCUUCUGCGUCUCUCUUUGGCGAUUUGUCUCUUUGGCAGCCACUGAAUGAGGUAGAAAUACUACUACGUCGUGUGAGCUGUGGUAGCCGUCAAGAGCUUGAGCACCGGCUACGAGCUGUGCAGGAGGUGGGUGCAAUAUUUUUUUGCGCCAACCGCGAGGCAUCCUUGGUGCGCGCCGCCACGGAUGUGCUUCAUGGAUUUUUCAAGUCGGCACUUCUAAACGCCCUUCACCGGCGAAAUGCUCCAAUGGCGAUGCGUCAUUUCUUAUCACGGCCAAAUCUCAUCACUGCAGCACGGGCAAGACGAGCCUCCACCGACGCCACUGUGCGUCAGGUGCUCAAGAACUACAUUCUUGUUGGAGGGGAUUGGGCACAGACGGUUGCACGAACGCCGUAUGUAUGGCGACGGCGAUGGUUGAAUGCUCUCCGUUGUUCUGUUUGGAAUAUGAUGGCGUCGCGGCGUCUGCGUCAUGGCGGACGUCGUGUACUGCCGGGUGAUGUCGUGCUGCGCCCGGAGUACCGCGCGGAUGUCCAUUGUCGCAUGCUGACAACAGUAAAGGCAGAACAUGUUAUGUUGGUGGCUGAUGAAGCUGCGGCAGCGGAGUGUAGCAUGGAGGAUGUCUUUAUUCCGUUUCUUCGCGGCGUGUAUCCUCCCGAACUUUUUGCACCUGAAACGACGCAGCACCCAAUUAUGACGCAGGCCAACAUGCUGGCACUACUUCGUGAGGCACACGCCCCACAGCUGCUGCUUGGCAUGAACGAUACCUGCCGUUCAUUACUUGAUAGUCGCAGCGAGUCCUCUCCGUUAUUGUUCCGCCGCCUUAUUAUUCGUCCCGUUGAGAUGAGCUUUAGUAUUCUUGAGGACAAGCCUCCAAUGAAAUCCAUUCACUUUGACGCUGCUCGUGUGCUUGAGAGUGAUCGAUUGUGUUUGCAGUCCCCGAUGCUUCCUGGAAGAUCAAGAGAAGAAAAAGCCUCACACUCUUCAGGUGAUAAGGCCACCAACAAACUUACUUUGGGCCCAUCACUUGUGCGUCAGUCUCUCGUCCUGGAGCGUACGACUAUCGGGGCACGGCUGUCUUCAGGCUUACUUGCCGAGGAAUUUUUCGCGCCACCAGCACGUGAUGAGUACGUGGCUCUUGGGCAUGUGGAGCGGCACUUGAACGGCAAUCUUGUCCUUGCCCCUCCGCGCGCCAACGACGAGGCGCUAAAAACGAUUGAUUGCCUCUUCACGAUUCAUGUGCAUGCAGUUGUGCGAAACGGAUUGGCCGCAUUGGGACACAUGUUACGUGAAUACUUUAUUCUUUCAGGCGUGGAGCGUGAAGAGGACAGCGCCCUGCAGCAUAAAAUUCACCGCGUGCGUCGAGAGCUGGAUAGCGAGACACCAUGGCUAACUAGUUCUACAUUUUGCAAGGCGUGUUACUGCCGCGAUCAUGAUGCGUUGGAGUCGUGCGCCGAGUAUCAAUUUAAGCGAAGCAAACACGAAGGUGCGAAGAGGCGAGCUGAGGUCCUACAGGAAUUGGCAUCUGCCGACACGUCGGCGUUGCUGCCACCUUCUGCUACGAAUGGAAUGGAGCCGGGUGGGGUUGCGGUGACGCCGGUCGAGAAAAUGGAAGGUGAUAUGGUUUUAGAGCUGGAACUGCGGCUGCGACGUCGAUCGGAGGAACAAAAGUGGGGGGUUCACCUCACUUCUGCCCUUCACCUUUCGGCUAUUGACGAUGUAAGUGUGCUGUCAGAGGGACGGAUUCGCUGGGGUUCAAAAGCCGCCUCCCAACUGGCCCUUCAGAAGGGCUUCUGGAAGGUAUUUUGGGGGAAACAUCAGCAGGAUGACGGUGCAAAAAACCAAGGCGAUGAGGCAAGUUUGCAAUUGGUGGCCCUCUCACAUUUUAUUCUGAAGGCCAUGGGUACAACAGAGAGUUUGCUCCACGCCGGCGAUGGUGAGCAUUGUUUGCCAUAUAUAAAUACAAAUGAAGGUUUGCCACUUCCUCAACUUCCUGACGCGUUUUCACCGCCGCGGUCACAGCUACCUGAUGGAGACGUUGGUAUGGAGUCCACCUCGACAGAUGAAGCUGUAAAGUCCCGCAAGUUACUUAGGCAAUGUAAGUGGGUCUUGACCAGCAUCAAUGACACUACAGUGACGGGGCGUCGUCAAGUGGCUGCCGUGUUUGUGCGACUGGGAAAACAGCGAGAUGUAUCGCUUAGGUUUAGUGCCACUCUUCAAAGGUGUGGUGGACUGGAGACGUCUUGUCGCAAUGCUGCUGAAACGCUCCCACAGAUUAUUGAACUUACACUGACUCGAGUGAGCAAAGGCAGGGGGGGAUGGGGCUUGAAAUUUGAUUGUGAUUCUCUGACACUACUGAAUCUUGCUCAUCUGCUUCAUGCGCAUGGGUCAUCUGGGGUGACGGCGGUCGUUGAGCCGCCGUUAUUGACAGCUGUUGCCGCAGCUGAGACGCUGGAUGGCAAAUACAUGUUAAACCGUGUCAACGGUGAGGUGGUGGGCACGCAAUGCGAAGUAUUGGAACGUUUACGGAGACUAAAAGGUUGUGGAGAGGACAAGGUAUUACGGUUGCAGCUUGUCUUGCGUAGCCAAGGAAACAACGGAGAGGACGCCAGACAUCCAGCAAGUGAGGUGGCAGCGGUGGUGAGUUGUUCUGCUGCGGUGGGGACUAUGGAGAGGGGAAGAAGCGGGUGCAGUGUCGUCUCGCCUCAGGAAGGCGGAGUGGUCGAGGCUGACAGGGGCAAAAAAGAAGAGGAUACGGCGCUGGCGGUGGCUCCACCAUCGUGUAGUCCACAAUGUGUUCCGCUGACACCGGAGCAGCGUAAACGUAGCGUUGUCACUAUUGUUAUCAACCGCCGAGCUGAUGCUCCGUCGGGGCGAUGGGGAAUUCGAGUCCGGCGCGGGACGCUGCGAUUGCAACGUAUUCACAGCAACCAUGAGUUUUCCUUUCAGGUCUACGCAGCGAAGCGUCAGCAAGCUGUGCGCAUCGCAGAUACAUUACGAUUUAAUAACACACGACGGCGGGACAACGGCCAACACAAUACGACCACGGGGGCGACAGUGGCUACGACUGAAGCUGACGCUGCGUUUUACUCUCACUUUGUGUAUAUCAUUGUUGGCGUUAAUCACCGCCAGGUUGCAAACUGUGAGGAGUUGCGGGCGUUACUUGCGGCGGCGGCUCGUUCUGCAGAUGAAUCAGUUGUGCUUCAGGUGCAACAGUACCGUCUAGCUCAAAUAGCUGUUCGCAUUCUGCGUGGCGGCGGCGACGGAGACGGAGAGGCGGCCUUUGAGUCGGUUGGGUUUCGAAUUUCACGCGACAUGGUGGUUGAGUCGGUUAAGGCAGGAGGCCCGAUGGCACGCGCAAUCCUAGCUGCCACAUACGAUGGGUGCUCACUGCGUCGUCUUAUUAACAACAGUUGUCCUCCUAUGGUUGCCGCCGGUGAGCUGGAAACAGGGGGCGUUGCAAAACCAUCCGCCAGUUCCUCUUCCGUGUCGAAGGGUGCAAGAUGGAACUUUGAUCUUGACGAAGACACGCAGAAGCAGACGGGUUCAUCGACGUCGGUAAAAGUUGAAGCGACGGCAAGGGAUGCUGCGGCACCCUGCAGCAGUGUACCGCCUGCGUACUGGAACAUGGUGGACGGUGCCACCUUGAUCUCUCUCUGCGGAGAGGGUGAUUCGACACGAUUUGUCUGGCGGGUCUUGUACGGGGUGCGGGCCGGAACAUUGAGGACGCCGCAGGAUUUGGCGCGGGCCCUCGCCGCGGAUGUGAGGGAGGAAACACUCUUCUUGCAGCAGUGUUUGCUCGAUGACUGA